AUGCGCGCGGACCGCGCCGCGCUACUCGCGUGGCUCGUGUGCUGCGCCGCCACCCUGCCUGCGCACAAGUACAGCACGCGCCUCGUGCGCACCAAGUACGGCCCUCUGCGCGGCAUCGUCGUGCACUCUCACCCCCAAGUCGAGGCCUACCUCGGCGUGCCCUACGCCACGCCGCCUCUCGGAAGCCUCAGAUACAUGCCGCCGGUGACGCCGUCGCAGUGGCGCACGACUCGGCUGGCGGACGCGGCGGGGCCGGCGUGCCCCCAAGCGCCACCCGCCGCCGCACCGCACGAGGACGCGCUGCUGCUGCACCCGCGCGCGCGCAUCCGACACCUCGAGGCGCUCCUGCCCCUGCUCGCUAACCAAAGCGAAGACUGCCUCUAUGUUAAUCUUUAUGUUCCUACUAACGGAGCAGACGAGAGCGUUGAGGGCGAGGGGCUGCCGUGCGUGGUGUUCGUGCACGGAGAGUCUUACGAGUGGGGAGCCGGCAACGCGUACGACGGCACCACGCUCGCCGCGCACGGCAAUAUCAUCGUCGCCACCAUCAACUUUAGACUAGGGGUGUUAGGUUUUUUAAAGACUGGUGCUAGAGGGUCGGCGCAGGGUAACUUCGGGCUUAUGGACCUGGUAGCAGGGCUGCAUUGGCUUCGGGAAAACCUUCCCGCGUUUGGCGGCGACCCCCAACGCGUGACGCUCAUGGGACACGGCACCGGAGCUGCUCUUGCUAACUUUCUUGCGGUAUCACCGGUCGGAAGAGAGCUACUGAAGCGCGUCAUCUUGUUAAGCGGGUCGGGUUUGAGCUCUUGGGCGCUGCAGAGAGAACCGCUCACGAUAAAAAGAAAGGUAGCGGAGCAAACAGGCUGUCACGGUGACUUGUUGGAAGAUGACCUAGCUCCCUGCCUUCGAAAGCUUCCCCUCUCCGCACUCCUGGCGGUGCGACUCGAUCCCCCAAGAUUUCUGCCAGGUUUCGCGCCCUUCGUUGACGGAACUGUUAUCGUAAAUCCAUCGUCAGCUGCACCUCCUACGGAUAACUCAAGAUUGGGCGCGGGCGCGGCGGCGGUGGCCAAUGCCGCAGGACAUGAAUUGGCAGACUUUUCUCAUAGAGAACUGCUUUUUGGGCUCACGACAACAGAAUCUUACUUGGAAUUCAAUGCUCAAGACUUGGAGUUCGGUUUUAACGAAAGUCGACGGGACCGUAUUCUGCGUACAUUUGUCCGUAACGCCUACUAUUAUCAUCUUAAUGAAAUUUAUUCUACUUUAAAAAACGAAUACACGGAUUGGGAUAAACCUGUACAGAACCCUUUAAGUGUACGCGAUGCGACCCUCGAGAUUCUCAGUGAUGGGCGUACCGCAGCGCCUUUGAUACGACUAGGCUAUUUACAUGCCCUGCGAGGUGGAACAACUUACUUUACACAUUUUCAUCACCUUUCUCAAGAUAAAGAUUAUCCACAGCGACCGGGUUCCGUGCACGGCGAAGAAUUACCAUAUUACUUGGGAGUUCCGUUCUCUCAGACUCAUCACCAGAACUUCUCGCAACAGGAACAGCGCGUCUCUAAGAUUUGCAUGCAUUACAUUUCUAACUUCGUAAGAUACGGUAAUCCCAACGACCCAUCGGCUACGCCCCCUCCGAGUUCGUUAUUAGGGGAGACACCUCGCCUCGGGCCCGAUCAAAUGCUAUAUUGGGACACAUAUGACACAAUUAAUCAGCUCUAUAUGGAAAUUGGUAACAAACCGGAGAUGCGAAAUCACUAUCGAGGUCACAAGAUGUCGCUGUGGCUGUCGCUCAUACCGCAACUUCAUCGGCCUGGUAACGACUUACCGGAUGCCGCUAUGCGCCACCAUCACUUCCAAGAUGACAAUGCUAAUUACUACGAAGGUGCAGUGAGACCACAAUCAAUAUCAAGGGCACACAUUCCACAUGUUGUGAAUGUAGACAGCCCUGGACGCGGUGGAGAAAGCCGCAGCACGCCUUCAUCUCGCUCAGCUCAGCCGAAACCUUCCCCCGCCCCGCCGGUCAUAUCUACUGAGUGCCCGCCAAAUGCAACGGUCGCGCCGGUGCACCCGGACGAUGCUCUGCUCCGCCGACUGGCAUCUUCUCAUUACCAGUCUUACACGGCCGCGCUCACUGUCACCAUCGCAGUUGGAUGUUUUCUUCUAUUGCUAAAUGUGCUGAUAUUUGCCGGCAUUUAUCACCAACGAGGAUCACGGCCGAGACGUUCGAAAGAUGACCUGGGCGAGGCGGGCAGUUCGUCUUCCUCGGACAAUUAUGAUGGGAAAUUAGAUUAUGAAAUUCGUGCGUACGACGGAAAAGGGUUCGGUUUCGAUUGUAAGUCGGCUCACGUGUCACGCAGUUCAAGUUCUAAAUAUGAUUUACGGACGUUAUCGGAUUGUGGAGAACCCACGUUUGGGGAGUACAGUUGUUACGACGAAAAACAUCGAGCCGCUUGUAAUUCUUUACCGGACGUCAGUGUCGGCAGUGCGAUAGAAGCGGGAAGUGUAGUGUGUAUCGAUACACAAAAACCGGAUAUACAAAAAGUGGAAGGGCGAAUGCAGCCAGAUCCAAUAGGCAGAACUAGUACAUUCGAACCACGCGUCGUAGAUAGUUCAACACAAGUCAAAUUCGGGCCUGUGCCAGAUUCCGAGGUCACAUCAGAUUCUAAUGGAGACUCUGAAACUGGAGCGGCAGGAGGUUCGGGAAUCUUGAGAGCACCGCCAACAAAUUCGACUCCGGUGCCACCAGGAAUUAUGAAGAAGAGAGUACAAAUACAAGAAAUAUCUGUAUGAGAUUUUCUCACUACCCCUGAGGUGGUAAUUAAUAAAAGGACAAAAUUGUGAUUUUAUCAGCCUAAAUAAUAUUGUAUAUACUACGACUAUUAUUACGAAAGUGUAAAGUUAUAUGUAAAUAUUGUAAACAAGUUAUAUAUAGUGCGAACGUGCAGCGAAAUGUUGAAUGAUGUUGAACCUUACCAGUGAACGUGUUGUAAAUAUAUAGAUAGUUGUGGAGGUUAACAAUAUUCUAGUCGUAUAUGAGGUAGGAUCGAAGAUAAUGAAAUAUAUGUAAACAACAGAUUUUUGUUGUUCGAAAUUUAUUCAGCCAUGUUACUUACGUGAACGUUAGUUACAUAUACCUACAUAAAAUAAUCACACGUUUAUUCUAUUUGUUACUCGAUUCCUAUCUUUGAUAAAGGGAGAUUAUUAUAUGAUAAUUAUAAACAUUCAUAACAGUAUUAUGAAUGUGGAUAUUACAAUAAAUUAGUAAACAAAGACUUAUUGAAAAAUGCAUUAUGUGUAUAUAAUGUUUUAUUAAAUACGAUGUGUUUCAAGUGAACGGUGUAAAAUAACCUAAAUUGCAUAAUAUGUUGUGAUUUUGUAAAGUUAAUUUAAGUGGGAUGUGGUUAGUUGACGUAGUUUUUGAUAAGUAAAUUCAUAUUUAAACCAACAAAUUGAAAUUUGGACGAGUACAUAUAAUAUAGAAUGGAUUAUUUGUAUUACUUUAAUGGAACUUCAAUAUGCUUUAAGUUCUUAUAUAGUAUAUGGUAAACAGGGUAAUAGACCACAAACGAAACAGUUUAAGGAAUUGUUCAACUAUAUUACAUUGAAACCCAUCUCGUAACACAUUUUCACUAUAAUUUGCUUGCUAAAACGUAACUUUAAAAUAAAUAAUAUAAUGUUACGUUUAUGUUCCAAACCCAACAUACCAUAUCUAAAUCUUUUGCUAGCCCAUCCGUAUAUGUUAUAAAUAUUUAUUACAGUAUAUAUACCUAUAUACAUAUUUAAUAUUAUGUAUUUGAAACUGCUUGCCGCGUACUCGUCCAAAAUUAACAGGAAUUGAUACUUUAUUAUCACAUUAUGGUGAUCAACUAUUUCGUUUUAAUAUACGUUUUAACAAAAUUGUGACAAAAUGUGACUCGUUCUAAAAAUUGUAACAAUAUAGAAAUUACAUAGGUAAUAUGGAAUUGAUAUAAUAGGAACUUCAAAUCGUUGUAUAGUGUUUUAAAGUGAAAUCUUUAUUUAUCAAACAAAUUUAAAUAUUCAACUUGAUUAUUUAUAAAUAAUAAUUGAUUAUUUAGUUUUUAGGGUGCGGAAUUAUAAAUAUGCAACUAUGAAUAUUUUCCUGGAAGGAAUUGUGAAUUUGAUCUUUAACCAAUAAUUUAGCCUAGCUUUAAUUUAUUUCAAAAAUUUUGAUACACAACAUUAGCGCAUCUAUUUUAAUUUAAGUAAUUUCAUUAGAUGAAAACAUCAAUGUUAGAUGUAUUGAUAUUAGGUUCAUCAACUAUUGCAUUUGUGAUACCUAAAGUCAUGGUAGCAAUUUCUGCCACAAAUAGAUUAAAUGGUAUAGGGACUAAUUUUAAAAUAAUAAGUCUGUGUUAUAACUUUUCAAGUGUUACUUUAUUAAUAACCAUAACAACGUAAUUUCCUAGAUUUUUAAUAAGAAGUAAACAAUACACUGAACAUCAAACUGGAUACUUGAGUACUAUGACGAAUGCUUAUAUUAUUUAAAUUAAAG